CCACAUCUAUGACAUGCAUCCUCAGACAACCAAAUCGUGGGUUCAUCAUUAGUCCAUUUUGUUGCACUAGAGCCCGGAAACACCUUUUCACCACAAACCACACUCUGUCCAGAUAAUCCAGUCAGUAAAGGUUUAUUUAAAGAAGAGUAUAUACAAAAAAUAAGCAAAUGCAAAAGAGAUAAUCAAAUUUCAAAAGGUUAUUUCCAAGAUAGCCAAGAGUUCACAAUCCUUCCAAAUACAGUCCACAAAAAUAUCCAUAAACAAGAUAGCAUGAAUCCAAGACAGGCAACCUAUGCAACACAAAAACUAGAAACAAGAGCAAACUUAGGAACUUGAAUACAUGAAUUCCAAGAACAUAGGACUCAAAAAAUGAGAGCUGUUCACCUGAAUACAAUGUUGCUCUGACAAAGAAUUGUACCAGCAGGAACCAAUUUAUAAGGCCUCAGUCCCUCCCAUAACAUCAUUUCUCACACACCUGCUUUUCCUCUCCCUAUCUCUAAGUCUCUGGGAAAAGCGAGUCUGUCUUUGCAUGCUCUGUCUCCUCAAUUUCAAGCGCCUUGACCUAGACAAACAUUCGUCUCCCACAUUUCUCUCAGCCCGCACUUCUGACAAGUUCCCAUGAGAACAGAUACCACUUUCUCCAGUCUCAUGGGAACUGCCAGGAGAUUCCAAAACAACUCUCUCUAGGCUACUUCUAUCUUCCUCUGGGUCCUCCGAAUCUAUCCCUUCAUCCCCUUCCUCAUCUCAGAAUCUGACCAGGCUACAACACAUUUGUUAAUAAGUGCAAAACGACUUUCAAACCAGUUUGCAACAAUUAAAAUAAACCAAAAAUUGAACAGAGAAACUGGGAUAUUUUAACAGCAGAUGAAAAAGUGAGUCAACAGAAAAAAACACAGUCAAAACACUCCCCUGAGUGGUGGGAGGGGGAAAGUUUUUGGGAAGCAAGCAAGGCGAGGGGAAUAGGAUCUGGGCAGUGAGGGAGUAAAGGCUUUUGGUGGCAAGGGAGGAGGGGAAAUCCUUUUGGCAGCAAGGGAGGCGAUGAAAAUGACUUUUGGCAGCAAGGGAGGCGAGGGAAAUCUUUUUGGCAGCAAGGGAGGCAAGGAAAAGGGCUUUUGGAAGCAAGGGAGGUGAGGGAAAUCCUUUUGGCAGCAUGGGAGGCAAGGAAAAAGGCAUUUGGGAGCAGGGGUAGCAGAAAAAUCCUUUUGGCAGCAAGGGAAGCAUGGAAAAAAGGCUUUUGUCAGAAUGGGAGGAAAGGAAAAAAGCCUUUUGGCAGCAAGGGGACCAAGGGGAAAAGGCUAAUGGUGGUGAAGGAGGCAGGGAAAAGGAGCUGGAGCACACUUUGAGAAUCACUGAUCCAGAAGAAGGCCACAAGCAAUGCAUUAAUCAUCCACUCACUCUCCCACCCUGUCCACCAACUUGCUUGGUUUCUGCAAAGGAGCAAAUCCGCAGAUUUUGGUAUCCACAAGGAGCCUUGGAACCAAACCCAUUGGAUAUUAAGGUGUAUGGAACUGGCCCUAUAGAUAGGGUUGGACUGCCUCUCCCAUCAGCUCUACCCAGCAUAGCCAAGGGUGCAGAAUGCUGUGAGUUCCACUAUCCAUUAUGCUUCCAUUAUCAACAGAGGUUCUAUGGCUGCUAUGGCUGCCCCCCGACACAUGCGCACUUGCUUGCAUGACGUAUGAGGAAGGCAUGUAACCAGUUAUGUCGGAAAGGAUGACUGAGUCAAGUAGUGCACGGUUGCCCAAGGACUCAAAGGCUAGUACAACACAACCAAGCGCACCAACUCGGCUAUUCACAGAGUCGGAAUAUGCGGCGCUCCAAAUGCCGCGAGUCUCACAGCCGGCAAGUGCGGCGUUUCAAGCUCGACGCGAAACGCUCCACGAGAAUAUGCAGGAGCUGUCCAUGGCCACGGUCUACAGCCUGCUGGCCGCGCUGAUGGAGUGCUUGAGCAUGGCCUGCCUCUGCGUGGCCAUCUCCCUGCUCAAGUGGGUCAUCGUGCUCCAGCACUACAGCCAACUCCCACGCGUUUUCGUGUCCAACACUUUCGGCGUGCCCUACGAGAUGGUCGUGUACGCACCGCCAGGCAGCAACAAAACAAUUACAGGGAAACUUUAUUUCUUUGAGGAUGAAGAGGAAGACAGCGUGGUGCCUGUGAUGAUCACCCUUUGUAUCAUGGGCCUGUUUUUUGGCUUUAUGGCUUUCCUCAUGGAUUUUGUGAAAAUAAAGCGCUUUGGCCGGCACCAAAUGUCCAUCACCUGCUUCCUCCACAUUUUGUCAGGCAUAUUUAUCAUCUCCCUCAUAACCCUAUGUUGUUGGUGCUUGAUGAAGAUCAAGUGGCGCACCACUGAAGAAGGAUGGAAGAUAUUCCACUUGAGCGUUGUCCCCGGAGAGAGUUUCUACAUCAUCUUAAUGUGUUUAGCUCUGAUCAUCUUAUCCGUCGUAUUCAGUGUGCGGUCAAUGAACAGCGAAUAAUGAGGGGACCACUACGAAAAGAGCCGCCUUUCCAAUGAAACAAUUGAAACACAAACAGCCACUGCAACACAGAAAUGUCCUGAGUUCAAGUACAACAUUCCUGCUUUCAUUGGCCAUGGUUUAGGAGGGGGCCGGCCAAGUUAAUGCGUUGGACUGCAGUUCCCAUUGGCCUGCAUUAGACUAGCUAAUGCCGAGUCCUAAAAUGCAGUUUUUAUCUAGGAGGUCACGUUUGGUCCACUCUAGUUAAUAGAAAUGGAGACAAAUAUGGUUUCCUUCUAUCCCUUGUCCCUUGCAUAGAAACCCUGGUUUGCUUAAGAUGGAUUUCCCAAUUCUGUUUUAAAUCGGCACCUCUGGUUUGAGCAGGAUCUUAUCCCAAGACGACUAACCAAACUGGAGUUAGAUUGCAAAAAGGGGAUUGUGGUUCGAAAGCAAAGAGGGUUUCCAUACCAAACCUUGGACCCAAAGGAGGAAGGAAGAGCAAGAAACAAGGGGAUUGUUUACAGUUCCAACACUGUUUUACGCUUUUUAAAAACCAUGGCUUAGGAAGCAAGAAAUGUUAUAUCUGAACCAGCUUACAUCAGAUCUGCGAAUCAACCUAGAUAAGAAAAUGAUUAAAAAAGGAGAACAUAAUAUCUAAUCCAGUC